CUAUGAUUAUAAGUUAUAAUUAACAUAUAGAAUUUGACAAUAUUCUUGGUAAUUUGGUUACGUGGAUCAGGAAGAGUGGCUUUGGACGUGUGAAGCAUGCAACGGUCACGUGCCAACGAAGAGAAGAGAGUGUUUGAAAGAAUCCACCUGAUGCUAUAUGCACAAUUGGUUUUCAUCCCUUAACGCAAUCAGAACGCCAUUCUCAAAAACUGAAAGUGCGCUCUAACUUUUAUGCAUUUAUCCUGUGACGAAGGUUAAUAUAAAACAGCUACAGCUACAAAUUACAAACUGCUACAAGCAAAGCAAGUAACGUUUUCAUGUGUGACAUGCUUUUUGGUGUGGCAUAUAUGUUUGAAAGUGAAAAGUCUAGUGUCCCAUUAUAAGGAGCUAAAGACAAUCCAUUCUCGGCUAUAUAAUAUGUUUUAUGCAAUCUCCUAAGGUGUUUAAAGAGGUGCUGUUUGAGUUUGAGUUUGAGUUGAGUCCUCAGUGAAUGAUAUUUGUGACUGAAAAGGCCAAAAACAUGAUCAUGAGGAAGCACAACAACCCACUUUGGUUUGUGGUGUUCUUGUUUCCCUCUUAGGCUCCUUUUGGUGAACUUCAGAGUGCAAAGUUGGUUGGUUGGUGGGUUGGUGUGGUUGCUUCAUUUUCUAGGUGCAUUUUGGUUUCUCUCUUUUUCUCAUGGCUGGUGGACGGAGACAACAGAGGCUCAACAAGUCAUGCAUUCUCCUCAUAGCCAUUGCAGGAAUAGAAAGGUUUGCAUUCAAGGGGGUGGCAUCCAACUUGGUGACUUACCUAACUGAUGUUGUGAACUUGAGCAACUCAUCUGCAGCAAAGAUGGUUAACAGUUGGGUUGGAUUUACUUCCAUAAUGCCAUUGCUGGUGGCACCAAUUGCUGACGCAUAUUGGCACAAAUAUUCCACCAUAAUGGUUUCAUCUUUCCUGUAUUUUGUGGGACUUGCAGCAUUGACAACAACUGCACUAGCAAGGUCAUGGCAUCACAAAAACAGAACAAUGUCUUUUUCAUUUCUCUCUCUGUCUCUCUAUUUAAUUUCAUUAGGCCAAGGUGGUUACAACCCAUCUCUGCAAGCCUUUGGAGCAGAUCAACUUGGUGAGGAAGAAGAAUUGCCAUGUAGCAAAGAAGAUAAAAGUUGCAACACAAAAACUCUAUUCUUCCAGUGGUGGUAUUUUGGUGUUUGUAGUGGAAGCCUAUUGGGUGUUACAGUCAUGUCCUACAUCCAAGAUACCUUUGGAUGGGUGCUAGGUUUUGCCAUCCCUGCUAUUUCAAUGAUUCUCUCUAUUUUAAUUUUCUCUGGUGGAAGUCCUAUAUAUUUAUAUAAAGAACAUGAUGUCCUUCAAGCUAAGAAGCCCAUCAUGAACAUAUUUCAAGCCAUAAGAGCUUCUGCAUUGAGAUGCUUCCAUUGUGAAAUUACCCUACCAAAUGACAAGUCUGAAGUGGUGGAGCUAGAGCUUCAAGAAAAACCCCUUUGUCCUGAAAAGUUGGAAACUGUCAAGGACUUGAAUAAGGAUCCUAAAAGUGGCAUGUAUCUGCUAGCAAAUGCCAAGGUUAUGGUGAGGCUUUUGCCCAUAUGGACAAUGCUUCUCAUGUUUGCAGUGAUUUUCCAGCAGCCUGCCACAUUUUUCACAAAACAAGGCAUGACAAUGAAGAGGAACAUUGGUGCAGAUUUCAAGAUUCCACCAGCCACACUCCAAAGUGCUAUAACAUUGUCCAUAAUACUAUUGAUGCCAUUGUAUGACAAAAUAUUCAUACCAAUGACUCAGGUGAUCACUAGGCAGGACAAGGGUAUAAGUGUGAUGCAAAGGAUGGGAAUAGGAAUGGUUCUCUCAAUCAUAGCCAUGAUUAUUGCUGCUCUAGUUGAAAUGAGAAGGCUUGAUAUUGGAAGGCAAAUGAGAAGUGCAGGGUCACAAUCAGAAACAGUGCCUCUAAGUAUUUUUUGGCUGCUACCACAGUACAUUCUUCUUGGCAUCUCAGACAUUUUCACAGUUGUUGGCAUGCAAGAGUUCUUCUAUGGUGAAGUUCCCAGGAAUAUGAGGACAAUGGGGAUUGCCUUGUAUACAAGUGUUUUUGGGGUUGGAAGCUUUGUGAGUGCACUGUUGAUUACACUAGUUGAAGUGUACACAAGUUCAAAGGGAAUACCAAGCUGGUUCUGUGAUGAUAUGGUUGAAGCACACUUGGACAGUUACUAUUGGCUUCUAGCAUGGUUAAGUACAGUGAGCUUGCUAUUGUAUGCACUCUUGUGUAGAUAUUACCAUAAGAAGAGUGAUUCAAAUAGUGAAUAUUGAGAGGGUUUUUUUGUUCCUCUUUAGUUUUCAAGUGUUAUCUUCCCAUAUUCCUUUUGGGCUAAAGUUUGUUGGACUACUUGACAUGAUAUUGAAUAACAGUAAUUGUAUUAUAUGAUGUGUGUAUGUGUUUCAUGUGACUAAGUUAAAAACUGAAAGUGAAGAAGUUAAAAACUAA